AUGAUUGAUGUGGCUUCUUUUGGACUUGUAAUUACGGCAGAUAAUUCUUAUCUUUCCCUGCAACGACACCAAUUCGUCCCAAGUACAGAUUAUUUCUCACUUACAUUGGGUAUGAAGACGCCAGUUGACCAUUCAUUAAGUCCUGUAGUUUUCUUUUAUAAUGUCCUUGCGGAUUUGUGGCUUUUUAUUCCUUUUGAAAGAUCACAACAUUUCGAGCAUUCUCUCCUCCAGUUUUCUUUUUAUAAUGUCCUUGCGGAUUUGUGGCUUUUAUUCCUUUUGAAAGAUCACAACAUUUCGAGCAUUCUCUCCUCCAGUUUUUCUCUCCUCCAGUUUUUCUCUCCUCCAGUUUUUCUCUCCUCCAGUUUUCUCCAUUGUCUGACUCGUAUUCGUUACCUAGAAAGCUAUCGAAAUUUAUAUCCCUCUCCUUAUAUUCGUAUCUAUGUAACUAUUUCUGUCACUUCAUAUCUAUCUAUCUAUCUAUCUAUCUAUCUAUCUAUCUAUCUUCAUAACUUCAUCCUAUCUAUCUAUCUAUCUAUCUAUCUAUCUAUCUAUCUAUCUACUUUUUUUAAUCUAUCUAUCUAUCUAUCUAUCUAUCUAUCUAUCUACACCUGUAUUAUAUAUUCUUUUUUUUCUCUUUUCCGCCAUUUUCCCUGCCCUUUUUCAGUUCGAACCUCUUAUUUUCUUUCUUUUUGUUGUUAUCUUCUCUUCCUGCAGUUUUGGCCACAUUCCGAUUAA